AUGAGCUCUGAAACGGAUCAGUUGAUGUCCGAUGGCGUUGAAAUAAAACAGACUAAUCCGCAACAACAUUACUAUACAUUCAAUACUGUGGGGAGUCUAUUUCACAAUACACUUUCCCCACACGUGAUCAUUCGUCCAGAAGUACUUCAGACAGACUUUGAAUAUACUUUUGACUUGAUACGGCCCCGGCUUCAAGUGUCCUAUCGCGUUCAAGAAUACGACCGGAGAGAGGAGUUACGAGCCACCUUCAACUGGUCUAAGCCUACGAAAUCACCUGAACCAAUAGCAAGCAGAUUAGCUGGAAUAUACUUUCCACUGCUGGCCGAACAUAUUGUCCCGUGUUACAACCGGAUAGCCUCAGAAAAAAUCCUGGGCCAUGUUUUGCAUAGUGACAAGAGAACGGCGGAUGGACUUAACGACGAGCUCACAGAAGGGGUUGCCCGAUUUCGUUCGACUACAGCAGCAAUUGUAAUCAGCUUGGUUUCAUGCCUCUCCUCGACAGAGUUCAAGACAGUUCGGCAUUCCACCUUACUUGAGUUGACAUCCGAAUAUUGGCUUGAAGAUAUCUGUAAAACCGUUGAUCACGGCUUCUGUAGCUCUCUGAAUUUGAAGGACGCCGUUUAUCUGCUGGCUGCAAUUCAUGCAGGUGGCGAGUAUGAGAAAGAUUGGGGGAAUUUGUCCAAUUCGCAAAACGUUAUUUGUUGGCGGAACGGAAUGUAUUGUGUCCUUCCCUCGCUCCUUCUCGACAUUGAAGCCAUGCACUACUUCCCUACCGCUUUCAUGGCCUCUCAAAGCCACUCGCAUCAAGAGAGUCCAGAUCAGCAGUCCGUGAUCGAGAUGAACCAGAGUCCAUGGAUUGGUCUUGCUCACUGCAGCCCUCCAAAUAAACUUCUGCACCUCAGCAUCGAACGACCAUUGCACUACAGCGACCCAGAUAUUUGCUUCACAGGGCGAGUGGAUGGCAAUGUUGUCGGAACAACUUCGAUUCUGGAUGUUCUUGUAUCCGUCUCCAGGAGCGUAUCCAUACCUUCAGAGUGUGACCAUAGAGAUGUGAACGACAUUUCAAAUGUCCUCAACGUCAGUGCCUCUCGGUGGAUUAAAGAUGGAUACUCCAGACCGUGUGGGUCGGCAGGGACCCCGGCUUAUUUAGCUGUCAAAGAAGACACUGCCUGGGCACUCUUUGCAGCUGGGCAAUCUAGUCAUUUCCAUAACGUUAUUGUUGUUCGAUGCCUGAUAUGCGCGAAAGAAUUACUAAAUGAACGAAUCGCUCAAAGCGGUAAUGACGGGGGAGUUCUCAUUGGAUUCCAAUAA